GGCGCACCUCACAAUCGCCGCCCGCGAGGUUCUCCCCCCGCGGAGGGGCCCCCACCUGAAAGAGGCGCGGGGGGAGAGGGGGGGAGGCGGCCCCGGCGGCCAACAGCCGUGCAGGGGCUCCUCUUCGGCGCCCCCUCCCCGGCGGCGCUUCCUUCUCGCCCUCCGUCUCCCGGCGCGUCUCCGCGUCCUUCCCACCCGGCCGACGCCGCAGCAGGGAAGCUGCAGCCGCCGCGCUCUUCCUCGCCUCCUCUUCCUCGCCGGCUCCAGCCUCUGCCUCGCCUGCCUGGUGCUGCUGCUGCUGCCUUGCAGCGUCUGGCCAGCCCCGCCGGCGGGGGGGCCAGGUGCAAGGAAGCGAGGCGCUGGCGAGGACCCGCGCGCCGGUGCGUCUCCUGCUCCUGCUCGCCUUGCGACCGCCUCUGCCGGCCGCGGAGAGGGUCCUUGGCGGCGCGGGGCGGGCAGCUCCUUGGCUCGGCUGGCUCGUCCCUCCGCUGCCCUUCAUCCAGCCGCGAAGAGCCUCCUCCUCCUCCAGCUCCGGGGAUCUCCCGACAGUCUCGCUCUGGCAAGCUUGCGCAUCGCCCGCGCCGCUCUCCGCUGGGUUUCAAGGCUGCUGGAGAGGAGGAAGGCGCCCGGACAGGCAGGUCCUCUGCAGGGCGGCUGCCACCUUCCGGCCACCCCCCGCGGGGGGAGGAAGCAAUGCCCCCUUCCUUCCCCAAGGAGCAACCCGCGCGUCUGGCUCCGGCUGGCUUGGAUCCGCGCAAAGGCGGCGGCGCUCCGUCUUCUCAGCCGCGCGCUAGGCAGACUACUUCGGCGCCUCGCAAUGAGCAGGUUGUUUUAUCCUUCUCGGCAACUCGAUAUGUACAGUCCGUCCUGAACGCCAACCCGGCGCCCCCCUCUGGGCUGUGCGUCCUAACGUGGAAUCCCGAACAGACGGACGACCACCACCACCCCUUCCCCCUCUUCCUC